GCUCUUGAAGCGCCGUGGUCGCUAUGGAGCUGGUGGCCGAGUACGUCGGGGAGGACGGGCAGCCGCGGAGGCUGCAGGUGCCCUGCGCCGACGCCGACGCCCUCGAGGGCCUGCUGGUCGGCGUGGCGCGCAUGAAGGAGCUGGUCACCGAGCUCCUGGGCCCGCCGGGGCCGCGGGAGGCACAGGACCAGCCGGCGGAGGGUGACGACGAGGCCUCGGACGGUGGUGAUGAAGAUGGUGCAGAAGAUGAAAAUCACGUUGGUAACAGAGCUAGUGCAGGCGGACCCUCUGCAAAACGGCCCAAACUGUCGUCAUCCUCACCCUGACAGUAGCUUUGUGACAUUUUAGAAACUGCUUUUGUGUCCAUUAUCAUGACUGAUAUUUUAAAAAGAUGUGGGCUCUGGUUGGAAAAAGUGUUUGUUUUCCAGGAUAGAUUUGCCAAAGAGAAAACUGCUUCUAUUGAAGAAAGAUAAAAUAGGUUGUUUAGAAAUGAAGUUCGUUUUCACAAGUGUGAAAUCCAGGUCAUGGAAAUAAAAUAGAAACUAAAGUGAAGCUGUUGAAAUUCAAUAGACUACUUACUAGUGUAUAGAAAUCCUCUAGGUUGCCAGUUGAACUUUUGUUUCCUGUUUUUAAAACCAUCGUUAGGUUGGGAUACCUGCACCUUUUAGCUUCUGUUGUAAAAAGUGCAGGUCAUGAUUCCUGAACAGUAGCAUUGUAAGGAACUGGCCUGAGCCAAAUGGUGAAAAUUGGCUGUUAGCUGGUUUACUGUCAGCUGUUUAGAAGAAACAGAAGGGAUAGAAUACUGAAGAGAAAGAAGAGUCCUUGACAGAAAACGAUGAAAAUCUUGAAUUCACACGUGCACCCAGUGUCCAGCCACCCAGAGGUGCUAGAUGGUUUCGACGUUGCACCUGUGCCCCGUGUCCAGCCACCCAGAGGUGACCCAUUCAUUCAAUGGCCUCGACGUUGCACCUGUGCCCCAUGUCCAGCCACCCAGAAGUGACCCAUUCAUUCAGUGGCCUCGACGUUACACCUGUGUCCCGUGUCCAGCCACCCGGAGGUGACCCAUUCAUUUAGUGCCCUCGACGUUACACCUGUGCCCCGUGUCCAGCCACCCAGAGGUGGCCCACUCAUUUGAUGGCAUGGACUGCUGUUUUUGAGAGGCUGAAGGCGUGUGGUUUCAAUACUCUGAUGUGUUACACCUACAAAUACAAGUAAAAGGCCUUAAGUAAACAAGCUAAGUUGGUAAUAACAUGGAUAUUUCCUUUUUCCUGUAGCCAUGCUUUACUUUUCUUAAGAAAUUAUUAAAUCCCUUUAUAUA